ACUGGCAGGUGGGGAUUCCUGCCCUCUGCGUAUUAGGUUUCAUCCAGCCUAUAACGCGGGGCACACGAGCCAAUGGAGCGCUUGACCAGUGCCGCUGCUGUUUUUUUCAGCUUCAGAAGCUCCAGUUACAGCUGAAUGGGAUUAUGUCAAACCUCUCUUGCUUGGGUGCCCGCAGAUACGCCUGAGCACGGACAGAUUUUGUUGCAGAGUGGCGGCAGGGACGGUCGAGCACUGUCGAGGUAGACCGGCGUACAGUGUUUCAGAGUGAGUCAGGCGGUAUAAAGUUUGUUCUGCGGAUAGAGAUUUCUGACGUGGGGCAAGGGGACGAAUGGCGGUGACCUCCAGAGCUUUAUCUUCACUGCGACAGGGGAGUUUUUUUGGAAACGGUGGAGGCAGUAGGAGUAAUGGAGAGGUUCACCAUGUAGACAGCAGCCGACUGGAAGCAGGUAGAAUGGGAAACCACGUACGGAGUGCCUCCGGUCUGCAGCCGUGGUGAGCGCAGACGUCCCCAGGACCUCAGUCGGGAUCUCUCGGAUGGCUGUCGCAUCCUCGCUGGCGUAACACAGUGGAGCCUCUUUUCAAUUACAGACAGCCGACUGGAUCUGUUUUUCUUCAUCCAUCCUCUUUUACCUUCUGUUCUCUCCUGCAUUGCUCAAAUUUUAUUAGAUACUUCUCUUGUGGCGUUUUUUUUUCAAUCAGCUUUAAAGAAAAGCUACAGAGCAAUACUCAGCCACCAUGGGGGACAUGACGAAUAGCGAUUUUUACACCAAGAACCAAAGAAACGACAGCAACCAUGCGGUGGGAUUCGGCUGCUCGCUCAUGGAGCUCCGCUCCCUUAUGGAGCUCAGAGGAACGGAGGCAGUGGUCCGAAUUCAGGAGGACAGUGGAGGCAUUGAAGGACUGUGCCAGAGGCUGAAAACCUCGCCGACAGAGGGUUUGGCAGGAGUUUCUACUGACCUAGAUAAAAGAAGAGAAGUCUUCGGGAGAAAUCUUAUACCUCCAAAGAAGCCAAAAACUUUUUUACAGUUAGUGUGGGAAGCAUUACAAGAUGUUACCCUUAUCAUCCUUGAAAUCGCAGCCAUGAUAUCACUGGGACUGUCCUUUUAUCAACCACCCGGGGAGGGCAGCGAGUCCUGUGGCACAGUCAGCGCGGGCGCAGAGGACGAGGGAGAGUCGGAGGCCGGUUGGAUCGAGGGGGCUGCGAUUUUACUGUCUGUGGUGUGUGUGGUUUUGGUCACGGCCUUCAAUGACUGGAGCAAGGAGAAACAGUUCAGGGGUUUACAGAGCCGCAUCGAACAGGAGCAGAAAUUCCAGGUGGUUCGUGGAAGCCAGGUCAUUCAACUUCCUGUGGCUGAUAUUGUCGUUGGUGACAUUGCACAAAUCAAGUAUGGUGACCUGCUGCCAGCCGAUGGAAUCUUAAUACAAGGCAAUGAUCUAAAGAUUGAUGAGAGCUCUCUAACGGGAGAAUCAGACCAUGUGCGCAAAUCUGCAGACAAAGACCCAAUGCUUCUCUCUGGCACCCAUGUGAUGGAGGGCUCAGGUCGGAUGCUGGUCACGGCUGUCGGGGUGAACUCUCAGACUGGGAUCAUUUUCACCUUGCUCGGUGCUGGCGGAGAGGAGGAGGAGAAAAAAGAAAAGAAAGGUCAGGCUCUGGAAGAUGGCCAUCAGCUAGCAGACUGCUCCCAUCCCUCCUCACACCCCAUCGCAACUAUAGCUACUGAUGGUGCGGCAAGUGCAAAUUCCCCUGGUAAUACCAGCCUAGUCAAUGGUAAAAUGCAGGAUGGAAAUAUGGAGAACUGCCAGACCAAAGUUAAAAAGCAGGAUGGUGCCGCUGCAAUGGAAAUGCAGCCCCUGAAGAGCGCAGAGGGUGGGGAAACUGAUGAGAAAGAGAAGAAGAAAGCCAGCGUUUCGAAGAAAGAGAAAUCCGUCCUGCAAGGAAAACUGACGAAGCUGGCUGUGCAAAUAGGCAAAGCAGGUUUGGUGAUGUCUGCCAUUACAGUCAUCAUUUUGGUGCUCUACUUUGCUGUUGAUAACUUUGUGCUUCAGAAGAGACAGUGGCUGCCGGAGUGCACUCCAAUCUACAUUCAGUAUUUUGUCAAAUUCUUUAUCAUCGGCGUGACGGUUUUGGUGGUGGCUGUACCUGAAGGCCUUCCACUUGCUGUCACCAUCUCUCUCGCCUACUCUGUCAAGAAAAUGAUGAAAGACAACAACUUGGUACGCCAUCUGGAUGCUUGCGAGACUAUGGGCAAUGCCACAGCUAUCUGCUCAGACAAGACUGGGACACUGACCACCAAUCGAAUGACAGCAGUGCAGUGCUAUGUGGCUGAUGUCCAUUACAAGGCGAUUCCAGACCCUGGAUCCAUCCCACCCAAAACUCUGGAUACAUUGGUCAAUGCUAUAUCCCUCAACAGCGCCUAUACCACUAAAAUACUGCCUCCUGAUAAGGAAGGGGGUCUUCCCAAACAAGUGGGCAACAAAACCGAAUGCGGCCUGUUGGGAUUGGUCCUCGACCUGAAGCGAGACUACCAGACCGUCCGGAACCAAAUCCCAGAGGAGAAACUUUACAAGGUGUACACGUUUAACUCGGUGAGGAAGUCGAUGAGCACAGUCAUUAAACUUCCAGAUGGAAGUUUCCGAAUGUACAGCAAAGGAGCAUCAGAGAUUGUCCUUAAGAAGUGCUCACGCAUUCUAAAUGAGGUGGGUGAACCUCGCAUGUUCAGGCCAAGGGACAGGGACGAGAUGGUGAAGAAGGUCAUUGAACCCAUGGCCUGUGACGGACUCAGAACCAUUUGCGUGGCCUACCGUGACUUCCCAGCAGACCCCGAACCCAACUGGGAGGAGGAAAACAACAUUUUGACUGACUUGACAGCAAUUUGUGUCGUUGGGAUUGAAGAUCCUGUCAGACCAGAGGUGCCAGAUGCCAUCCUGAAGUGCCAGCGUGCAGGCAUCACUGUGCGUAUGGUGACGGGAGACAACAUCAACACCGCGAGAGCCAUCGCAAUCAAGUGCGGGAUUAUCCACCCCGGAGAAGAUUUCCUGUGCAUCGAUGGGAAAGAGUUCAACAGAAGAAUCAGGAAUGAGAAAGGAGAGGUCGAGCAGGAACGCAUUGAUAAGGUUUGGCCCAAACUCCGAGUGUUGGCCAGAUCUUCACCGACAGACAAACACACACUUGUCAAAGGUAUAAUUGAUAGUACUCUUGUGGACCAGAGGCAGGUGGUGGCUGUAACCGGUGAUGGAACCAAUGACGGUCCGGCCCUUAAGAAAGCCGAUGUCGGUUUUGCCAUGGGAAUUGCAGGGACAGAUGUGGCCAAAGAGGCAUCUGACAUCAUCCUGACAGAUGAUAAUUUCUCCAGCAUUGUGAAGGCUGUGAUGUGGGGACGCAACGUCUAUGACAGCAUCUCAAAGUUCCUUCAGUUCCAGCUGACAGUUAAUGUGGUGGCUGUGAUCGUUGCCUUCACCGGAGCCUGUAUCACACAGGAUUCUCCUCUUAAAGCAGUGCAGAUGUUGUGGGUUAACCUGAUCAUGGACACUUUUGCAUCUCUGGCUUUAGCCACCGAACCUCCUACUGAAUCUUUGUUGAUGAGAAAACCCUACGGUCGAAACAAACCUCUGAUCUCUAGUACCAUGACCAAGAACAUCCUGGGCCACGGUGUCUACCAGCUCAUAAUCAUCUUCACACUGCUGUUUGUGGGUGAGCAGAUCUUUGACAUUGACAGUGGCAGACAUGCUCCGCUGCAUUCACCUCCAUCUGAGCACUACACCAUCAUCUUCAACACCUUUGUCAUGAUGCAGCUCUUCAACGAGAUCAAUGCCCGCAAGAUCCACGGAGAGAGGAACGUGUUUGACGGCAUCUUCAGAAAUCCCAUCUUCUGCUCUAUUGUUCUGGGCACUUUUGCAAUUCAGAUUGUGAUUGUGCAGUUUGGAGGAAAACCAUUCAGCUGUUCUCCUCUUGAUCUGGAGAAGUGGAUGUGGUGUGUGUUCCUUGGGCUGGGAGAACUGGUUUGGGGACAGGUCAUAUCAACAAUCCCGAACAGCAAGCUGAGGUUCCUGAAAGGAGCCGGUCGGCUGACGCAGAAGGAUGAAAUGACGCCAGAAGAAGAACUCAACGAGGACCAGGAGGAGAUCGAUCAUGCAGAGAGAGAACUGCGGCGAGGGCAGAUCCUCUGGUUUAGGGGCCUUAACAGAAUCCAGACCCAGAUACGUGUCGUGAACGCGUUUCGUAGCUCGCUCUACGAAGGCUUGGAAAAACCCGACUCCAGAACCUCCAUCCACAAUUUCAUGACUCAUCCGGAGUUUAGAAUAGAGGACUCGACGCCCCACAUUCCUCUCAUAGACGACACCGACGACGAGGCCGCCAGGAAGAACUCGACUCAACCCUCGUCGCCCAACAAGAACAACAACGCCAUCGAUAGCGGUAUCAAUCUGACUAUCGACACGAGUAAAUCUGCCGCAUCCUCCAUCACCGGGAGCCCGCUUCAUAGUCUGGAGACAUCGCUUUAGCCACCUCGCACAGGAAAUUAUUCAACGAUCAUCUUAGACUACAUACGUUUGAAAACGCUACGGAGAGCGCACACGAAUGUGUACUGUUGACUGAACGCGCUGUCGCCCUGGCGUACUUUUGUCGUGUAACAACAAGACGUGAAGAAUGAACCGAUUCCGGAGUGACUCGAGAAACGGAUUGAACGUGAACACACGCCACUCCCAUUUCCAGAGGAAACGAGAGACAAGUCAUUUAAAUUCAGCUAUUAUUGUCGCUCCUGCAUGAAUGUACAUUACCCAGGUUUUUCUUUGAAGAACAGUUUAUUUUUAUUUAAAUGGUUUGAUUCGGUGGGACGUGCGGUGGACUGCUAUAUUAAGACAGCUUCUCUGAUUCACUGAUCUGUGAGUAUUGUGUGUGGCAUGUAUCUAUAAUUGUAUAGAUUUUUUCGUUUGUUUUCGAUUAUCGAUUAAGGUGUAUACAAACUCGCAGGGCUCAACUUGCACAGAUGAUUUGCACCUGUCGGAAAAGAGAAGCCCUCGGAAAUUAGAAUUUAUUAAGCGUAUAUAUAUAUUUAUAUACAUAUUAUAAAUAUAUAUUUACAGAGUUUAUCUUUAUUUGUUGGCAUGUUGCCUUGUUCUGCUUAAAUGACUCUUAACUACUUUAACUUAUUUAUGUCCUAAAAAGAAUGUAAUUUGUUUACAAGACCUGUAGAUAUGUCCUGGUUUCUUUGUAGGGUUUAAAACUUCUUUAUAGGGUUCGAAACCACGCAGCAGACGUAGACGGCUCGAGUUGUUCCUGUAAUAUCAGACUGUAGGUGUUUUAUUACCGAUUGUGUGCUGGACUUGCCUGCUAUUUUGUCAAAAGAUGUAGAUAUUUUUUAGAGGAUAACAAAAAGAAACCAAAAUCUAGUGGGAUUUAUCAUUAAUGUGGCAUCUUAGUAUUACACGAUUGUUAGGAUCGAAGCUGAGCAGACCCACCCGAUAAACGAAUCAGAUAUAUUCAGACAAAGGUCGAGCCUCAAAUGUGAGCGGAUACUUCAGGUUGGAUUUAAAUAUCUUCUUUAGAAACAUAAAUAUUUAACAUAAAUCGUUUCAGUUACGUGUGACCAUCAAAAGCUCGAUGGAUUUUAUGUUGGAAACAUGUAAACUAAGUUAUAUUGGCAUAUCUGUAUGGAAAUCAAACUUGUGUUCAAAUCUUGUGAUUUAUUGUGUUGAUUCUUCUUCUUCUUUUGACAUUUGAUUAUCUUCGGUUUAAGGAAUUGAACCCAGCUCCCGAGCUGACGUCACGACUGAACUACAUCAUGCAUAACAAAACGAAACAAAAAAGGAAUGUUGCUUUUGACACUUUUCUUAAAAAAAAAAGAAAAACCGGAAAACCCGAACCAACAAAAAAAAAAUCAAUUUACGAUCCUUUUCUGCACUAUCCAGAUAUGAAUGAAUUUCUGUGGUGUAAAUUUAGAUGUGCUUCUGUGUUCAAAUCAAGCUUGUCUUCCUGCAGUCAGUAAAUAUACUCUAGCAUCUCAACAGUAUUCACUAGUUGUUAACUAUUUAAUGUACUCUAGAAACGAAAGGACAACGGGGUCUGUCGGACGACACGCUUAUAGAGUCACUCACGCGUUCACAUUCCUCCAUUAUUACACACAGGCGUGAUGUCAUAUGCUUAAUAUGCAACAUUGUCAGUCUUUGAAUCGGACUUUCUUUAUUUUUCCUCAUCGGGAGAGGGUGCACAAGCUUUAACAGUUGCUCAGGCAUGAAUACGCAACGACAUAAAUUAACAAAAAAGUUUGAGUUUUUCUGAAAUGCCCUUCAUCACAUUUCAAAGCCUGGCCCGCCAACACUUCCCAACAUUAGUACGCUGACCAAAAUCAUCACCUCUGGGAAAGUUUGUCUUGAAAUGUGUGUGGACUGUAAUGACUCCUGAACUUUUACUGUGUGAAUGGCCAGUUUGGCUAAAUUCAGUUCAGUUUUGCGUCCGCCGUUGACGGGCUAUAAUAUAACGGAUGCAGUUUAAAACAUGUAUAACCAAUAAACCGAAACGAUGAUGACGUUCUAAUAAUCACAAAUAAUAAUAAUAAAAUUUCUUGCAAUACAUCAGCUUCUAUGUACUGUACUUAGCAGCAUGCAUUUUGUGGACGCCACUGGUAUUUUUGGCGCUCUAGCAAUUUAUGGGUAAAUGAAAAGUGUUCAUCCAUCUUGUUUUUAUGAAUUUUAUAAUCUAUACAAUAAUUGUAAAUAAAGAACUCAAUGUCUUUGUUCAUUUAAUACUAUGCAAAAAGCUUUUGAUUGUUUCUCAUCUACCCUAGAGUGUGUUGCUGGAAUGUUUGUGGUCUCAAAGUCAGUAAAACAAAACAAAGAAAAAAAAUAUUGUGAUGUAAAUGAUUUUCUAGCCUGAUUACAUUAACUGACUCUUGUUGCUUCACUGUCCAUACCACCAUUCCAGACAGGAACGCAAGUGAUCAAAUGAAAAAAGAAAAUACUAAUAAUAUGCCUAAACAAGCACUUAAUAAAUUCCCCGAGGAGCAUGAACCAGUGUCCCGUGAGCAGUGUGCAUGUCUCUUGGUGUAUUAUCUCUUGCUCAUACAGUAGAUUGUGGCACGUCGUGGAUGUACUCGGCGGAUUCGAGCUGAUCCUGGGGUCGACGUGCAGCCAGUGUCUCUGUAUCAUUACAUAUGCUGCUCGGCAUGACUUUGAAGAUAAAUCUGUACAAUGCUUUGCUGUC